UAUAUUCAAUAUUCUGUGUUUUUCCGAUGACUAACCCACAAAAACAACGAAAAACCUAUAUACAACAUAGCCGGCAAUAAUAGCAAUAUAACAUUUGCUAUAAAUCCAAAAAAUUGUCAUUAUCUUCUACACAAAACUUAUACUAGCAAAAAAAAUCUACACAAUUUCAAAACUCUUAUGAACUCUUAUUUUUGUUUUCAUUUUAAUGUUUUAUACAUGUUUCAAUUAUAAAAGGUUUGAUAAGUAAACAGCUUUCUCACUCUUUUCUGACAACCUUUCUGCGUCAGCGAAUACAACCUUUUGUAACGCAGUGUCAAAUCUUAGCUGUCGCUACUUACCAAACCUUUUAUAAUUGAUUGUAUUUUAUACAUGUUAUGACAAUGGCGUGUCAUUAAAUUGAACUUGGGGACUAUUAUAAUCGGAGCUAGAAGUGAAAAUGUCAUUAUUCUUGGAACAGAUAGUCGGAUAACUGCAGCAUCCUUUAUUCUGCAUUCAGAAUUUUCGAAAAUAGAAAAAUUGAGUCGAAAUAUCUAUGCUGCAUUCUGUGGAUGUUGUAGUAUUACUACAGAAUUGGAUAUGAUUAAAAAUGAUUUAAAAAUGUAUGAAUAUCGCACACAUAAAGACUCGUUGGUUUUUGAUGCAGCCAAUUUGAUAAGGAAUGUUAUUUAUAAGAAUCGAGAAAAGCUCCAUGGUACAUGCUUAAUAGUGGCAGGAUGGGACUAUAAAGAGGACACUCAAUUAUACAUGAUACAUUCUAAUGGUUUCCUUGAAAGAACUUCACUUGCUGCUGCGGGCAGUGGGUCUGAAAUCGUUGAAGGCUUUCUGCAAAACCGAUAUAAUACCGAUAUGAGUAUAAAUGAAUGUAAAUCGUUAGUAGAAGAAGGUAUUGAACUUGCUAUAUAUAAUGAUACAUCAUGUGGCGGUAACAAAAGUAUAGUUAUUGUUGGACGUGACUAAUCCGAGUUAGUGUUUAAAGUAUUAAAAAUAUUGUAACACAAUAACUAGUAAUAAGAAUUUACGUUUUUGACUUGAAUACGUAAAAUAAUAUAAUAAACAAUAAACUUAUUUAAAUUAACGGAUAAAA